GAAAUCUGGCCCAAUCUGGCAACAUUGAUUGCUACGUGAAGUGGCAUCCCCCAGACAGCUGAGUGCUCUGCUGGACAGUAGGAGACGAGUUCAGCCUGGCUGACGGAGAUCGAACAUGGGAGUAGAGAUCGAGACCAUCACCCCCGGCGACGGAAGGACUUUCCCGAAGAAAGGACAGACGUGUGUUGUGCAUUAUGUUGGUUCCCUCACAGAUGGACGUAAGUUCGACUCCUCUCGCGACAGGGACAAGCCUUUUAGGUUCAAGAUUGGCAAACAGGAAGUGAUCAGAGGCUGGGAAGAGGGUGUAGUGCAGAUGAGUGUUGGUCAGAGGGCCAAAUUGACCUGCACUCCGGAUUUUGCCUAUGGAAACAAGGGUCAUCCUGGGAUCAUCCCACCUAACGCAACUCUAAUAUUUGACGUUGAGCUGCUGAGCCUGGAAUGAAACAAAUCAACUGCCUGUAUCAUUAUCAGUUGACUUCCUAACUGGAUGAAUUAAGAGCUCAGUCUGCACUGAUUCUAUACAUUUAGUCGAUAGUUCAACUGUUCAAUAUUUUAUUAAUCAAUUUUUCAUUCUUUUUCAUCCUAUCGCAUAAACUUAUGGAUCUUACCCUGACAGACCUUCAUGUUGUUAAAUUUAGGUAUUUGGUAACCUGAUUUUAUAUUUGUGCUAUAGUUGCUUUUGUAAAAUGUCUGUGUGGUUAUGAUGAGAGAAACUAAUGAAUUACUGGCAGUGACAUUCAUCGAGGGUAAGUGGUAUCACAGAGGCCAGAUGCUCAUUAUAAUAACUAAGUGAAAAGAAAAUACACUAGAGAAUACGAAAAGCACAUAUUUUUACCAUGAAGCUGAAGAGCAGGUAAUUACAACUUGAAAUUAGUAAAUACUAGAGACGGGACAGUUAAACUAUUAAUGUAUUUACCUGUGAAGUAAUUGGAGACGCCAUUGAAUUGGUACAGGAUAUUUAUUAACCUGACCCGUCCUUUUUAGGGAUGUCGUUUUCUUUUACAUUUCAAUAUUUAAAAUUACUAUAAGAAAAAAGGAAUUCCAUUAAGAACCAGCAAUAGUUCUAAAUAGGAAUGACUUGUGUUGCUGUGUUUAAAAAAUCAUUGGCAGACAUAUGAUCAGUACUUACACACAAGUGUUGCACGAUAUAGGCAAUGCCUAGUCUAGACUAGUUUAAAACUUUGCAUUUCACUUGCAUGGAUCCUAUCACCAUUUUAUCCAGUCAUCUCUUUUAGACCUCAUUUAAAUCCAUACACUAGUAGUUGAGAACAGAAAGCUGUGACGCACAUAAAUUCAAGUUUUUUGUGCUUUUCUUUGAAAAGGGGAAUGCCUGAAAUAUGGGGGGGGGGGGGAGAAAUCCUUUCAAAGGUGACCUCCCUUUAAACUUGUUUUGUGCAUGUUUUUAAGAUGCCAACUUUAUAUCUCUGAGAAUUGAAAUGUGACUAACCUGUGAUAACUGUACAUUUUAUUUUUAUCAGUAUCAUACCACACUGCCUGAAUAAACCUUGUUUAAAUAGGAAUAUUCCUUAGGCAUCAUAAUGGUUUUAUAUGACAGAUUAAUAGCUAUAAAUUAAGAAAACGGAUAUGCUGGCCUGACUGGAAAUACUGUACUUGGCUGCUGGUGUGUUCUGGAAUUAGUUUGGCAGCGGCAACUAUCCAUGCACUGUAGAAUGUCAUGUGCAAAUUAGUUACAUAGCCUACUGGAUGCAGGCUGAGCCAAUGAGACAUUUAAAAUGUGCUGUUGCAAUAAAAUGCUCUCCACCUGA